AUGCAUGUUGGCGCUGGAGGCUUGGGAUAUUGGCAACUUGAGCCGCUCGAAGUGACACGAGAUAAGUCGUCUUUUCCCAACAGCACAACACAACAUGGCAAUGAACACAUAUUGUGCCUUCCUAUCACCAAAGACUAUUGGCCUUCGGUCGCAGCUAUUAUUAUCUUCUUUGCCACAAAUUAUUUAGCCCACGCAGCGACCGUCAAAUCAAGCCCCGGAGAUGACACUCUUCUCCAGACCUGUAAUGCUCUUUUGGCGUUAUGUUUUCCGAUGUCUGGUCUCCUGCGAGCGCUCAACGCUUUUGUCCGAAUGCCGAUUCUUGCUCGCAACGAGCUGGACAAAGCAUGUAGAGCUGGGGCGCUCUGUAUGGUUGUUCGAGCACCUCAUUGGAGACCUCAAAUAGGCCAGAAGCUUUCCGUGGGAGUAGUGCUUGAAAAUGAUGAAAGCGUGGUAGUUAUGGAUGCUGAGGAGCAAAUUGGACGCAGUCGUUCUCCAUCGCGCGUGGAUCUUCGAUUGUCACGAGUGCAUGGUGCAUAUGACCUUCCAGAAGGCUAUGAAUUUGCCAUAGUGCCCCGCAAUACCUUCCUAGUUUCCCAAGUAGCCUCAAAUAUUCGAGGAGAUCCACGACUUAGCAGCGAGAUCAGUGCUGGCUAUAAUAUUCUGAAAGCAGUAGCCUCUCUCAUUCAAGUAGUCGCUGCAUUCACAACCCUUCUUUCAAACCGCCUAGACUUGAUUAGACGAUGGGGCCCAAGAGAUGCGAUGCAAGUCGAGGAUCCAGCAUGGAGCGGUCUUACAAAGAAAGAUAUUCAGAAUUUCUCUAUCACAAUUACCUCGACAACUAGCACGAUGUAUCUUUUAAGUAUGAUCAUUGAUCUGCUUGACGACAUUCUUGCGAGGAAGAAGAAGCUAUCCGCCAAGGAUGCGAAAAUCGUACACUUGGAGGUAGUUUCCCAAUUCAAUACUUCCCCCACCACCCCCACGCCUCCCACGAACGACUCUGAACCGAAUAUAACGCAAGAAAACCUGCAUGUGGAUCAAUCUGGCACAGGUUUGCCUAGUAGCGGCAAGAAAAAGCAGGGAUUGCAAACCUUUUCUCCGUCGACGACUCUAAUUCAGAUUCCUCGCGCACCACAGCUAUCAUUAGGAAAGGGCUUCUUAUAUACCAUGCACCGAGUUUUGGAGGAUCAGUCAUCUGCUGAAGGUAAUCAGAACAAUCAUUCGCUUGCCAUGUUGCAAAAUGUACGAGAAAACACGAAGCGCCUUGGAUCCUAUCGUUCCUCGGAUCUUCCAAACUCCAUGAUUUAUCGAGCGGUGGUUCUAUUCAAGUUUGGAAUGAAACUUUUUCUCUUUCCAAUGAAGUGGGAUGAUAGUCCGGAGCUCAUCUCAAUUCGAUCGGCUAUAAUCUACCAUCCCAAUUGUCAGCGAUUCCUCCGAUGGGAUGAUUUCACUGACCCUCCCAAAGUCAAUGAAGAAAAGUCCCUGGUGAAUCAACUAAAAGCACCAUCCCCAAUUGCUGAAAGUGGAGAGGCUAAUCUAGCCGCGUCUAUUUCUAAUGUUCGAUCACUACUCCAUCUACCGGAAAGACCAUUAACGAGUCCUGCAUCGAUCACCGAGCUCGAAGGUCUCCUUCGACAGCCAGCGAUAACAAGAUCAAGUGGUCGAACAAGUUGGGCUAUCCUGGUGGAGAUCAGUGUUGGCACCUGCAUCGUCGGCCUAUUCUUUGACUUAAUUGCUGGCUUGACCAAAUUUCAUGCUGGCGAGAGUUCCACAACAGAAAGGGGUGUUAUGAUGGCAUGGCUUGCGAGUGGAUUAUACGGAUUCUGUCUUCCUCUCUUGAGUACCAUGGAACUUUUAAAGGUUCUGUUUUUGUUUCCUGUCAUUAUAUCUCUAUGUUGUCUGGCUGGCGCUCCCACGUUCCUUCACCUUGAUGCUGAAAAUGACAGAACGCUUCGAGACGAUGCACAAAUCAACGAAGCCACUACCAGUAGCUGGAAAAAGGGCCUUGGUAAGUUCAGCAAGGCCUGCGCUAAACUCAUGUCUGAGGUUUCCGAGUUCGUGGCUUUUAACUUGAGUCCUCCGCCGCCAGCAGCUGCCCUCAUUUAUGCAAUUGCGUUUGUUCCUCUAGGGAUUUUCAUUCCGCCUAUUUGGGGUUUUGUGCUUGUGGGGAGGAUGCUGACGCAGUGGGGUGACUGCGUGCGAUUAUAUUAA